UAUCGCUAUUAUGUCGCCACGAAACAAACCUAAAAAUAAAGGUGUUAUACAAAAAAAGACAAUUACCAAAAAAACUGCUAAACACAAACAUGCUGCUAAACGUAAACGUAAUUCAUAUUCCAUUGAACAAAAGAAACAAGUUGUUGCCUAUGCUAAAGUAAAUGGAAGAAAUAAAGCCGCAGCAGCCUUUAAGCUUGACCGCAGUAUGGUUGGUCGUUGGAUCAAAGCAAGUAGGUUAUGGGUAGCCAAAAUAAGACAAAGCACCAAGCGAGUUGGCUCUGGUCGAAAAGAAUUUUAUCCAGAGGCUGAGAAAAAACUAUACAAUUGGAUUAUGGAACAGAGAAAACAAGGAUUGGGUGUUUCUUAUGAAAUUGCACGUAUUAAAAUGUGUGAUAUUUUAAAAGAGCCUGAUAUGACGAUUCUUUAUGGUGAUUCAAUAAAAAAUUUUAAAUUAUCAAAUCGUUGGAUGUUCGC